GAAGAAGAAGAAGAAGAAGAAGCCAUGCAGCGGAAGUAAACAGAACAGGCACUAUUAGCGUUAGCUCAGCUCUCUGGAUGUAUGAAACUAGCAGUGAGACGAGGUUGUAGUCGUUGCGUGGAUGAAUAUUUGACUUCUAGUUAAGCAACAAUGUCUUCAGUUGAGGUUUUGAGAGAGUUUGUCAACGAGCGACUAAAUGCUGCUGCUGAAGAAAUAUUCGGAGUUUUCCAAGAAGCUGUCGUCGAGUACGAGGCAGAGAUCCAUCGUCAGCGCAGACUGCUGGAUGUCGUUUGGAAACCGGAAAUAAAGUUACACAGGAUAGAGCUCCCACAGCAACAUGUCUGUAAGGAGGAGGAGGUCCUCUCUGACCAGCAGCUCUGUAUUCAGGAGAGGAACUCCAGUCUGGACCAAGAGGACCCAGAGCCUCCACAGAUUAAAGAGGAGCAGGAGGAACUCUGCACCAGUCAGGAGGGAGAGCAGCUUGUACUGAAGCAGGAGACUGAUACCUUUAUGUUGACUCCUACUGAUGAGGAAAGUGACCACCAGCUCCUCUCUCACAACUCGCAUGUAGCUGAGAGCCAAGAUCAGAAAGGAGGCAAGCAUGGAGACUCAGGCUCAACUAGAACUGCAGAGCCAAAUCAACAGAGUCUACAUCACGAAAGCACAAGUCACAGUAACAAUGUAGACAACCCUAACCUGUCAGAGAUGCACUGUGAUACUCACACAGGUAAACAGCCUUUCAAAUGUGACACAUGUGGAAAAUACUUUAAGUAUAAAGCAUCACUAGAGAGACAUAUGAGAACCCACACAGGUGAGAGGCCAUUUGCAUGCAAAACAUGUGGGAGAGCUUUCAGAAAUAGUGGUCACUUGGUACGCCACAUGAGAAUCCACACAGGUGAGAAGCCAUAUUCUUGCAAAACAUGUGGGAGAGCUUUCAGAAAUAGUGGUAACUUGACAAACCACAUGAGAACCCAUACAAGUGAGAAGUCAUAUUCCUGCAAAACAUGCAAAAAGAAAUUCCAGCGUAAUGAUACCUUGAAAGUCCACAUGAGAAUCCACACAGAUGAGAAGUCCUAUUCCUGCAAAACAUGCAAAAAGAAAUUCCAGCGUAAUGAUGCCUUGAAAGUCCACAUGAGAAUCCACACAGAUGUGAAGUCAUAUUCCUGCAAAACAUGCAAAAAGAAAUUCCAGCGUAAUGAUCAAUUAAAAGUCCACAUGAUGAGCCACACAGGUGAGAAGCCAUAUUCUUGCAAAACAUGUGGGAAAAGAUUUACUCAGAAUUCAACAUUGGACUGUCAUCUGAGAACCCACACAGGUGAGAAGCCAUAUUCUUGUAAAACAUGUGGGAAAAGAUUUUCUCAGAAUUCAACAUUGGACUGUCAUCUGAGAACCCACACAGGUGAGAAGCCAUAUUCUUGUAAAACAUGUGGGAAAAGAUUUACUCAGAUUUCAGCAUUGACCUACCAUACAAGAAUCCACACAGAUGAAAAGCCAUAUUCCUGCAAAACAUGUGGGAAAAGAUUUACUCAGAAUUCAACAUUGGACUGUCAUCUGAGAACUCACACAGGUGAGAAGCCAUAUUCUUGUAAAACAUGCAAAAAGAAAUUCCAGCGUAAUGAUAACUUGAAAGUCCACAUGAGAACCCACACAGGUGAGAAGCCAUAUUCUUGUAAAACAUGCAAAAAGAAAUUCCGCUCUAAUUGUAACUUGAAAGUCCACAUGAGAACACACAUGGGGGAAAAGCUGCAUCACUGCAGCACAGAGGGUCCAGAGAUUAAAGAGGAACAGGAGGAACUAAAAGAAGUUUGACACUCCUGACUUCAGGGUUACACUCUGUAAUAAGUGUUGGAUCAUACACUAUUUCUACACACUACCUCAGCAAUGAGGUCACUGAGGUUAUUUCUUCGGUAGAGGAAGAUUGUCCGUCUGUUUUGGGUUAUUGGAUUGCAAUGGGAUAGUGCUUGAUCACCUGAAUGUACAGGUGUAAAUGCAGCUGUGAUGGAGGACAUGGCUGGUGGGAUGCUGGGCUUCAGAAGCUCGUGUGUAAUGCAUAGUGGUACAUGCAGGCAGUUCCUGCACGGCUCCACAAGCAGGAGAACUCAGCUUUAGGAUUCAGGGGAUCUAUUGGCAGAAAUAGAAUAUAGUAUUCAUAACUAUGUUUUCUUUUGUCUAUCAUCACCUGAAACUAAGAAUUAAUGUGUUUUCAUAAGAUUAGGAUGAGCCCUUCAUAUCUACAUGAAGAGAUGCUAUCAAGUAAUUUCUUUCUAAAUGCUGUAAAUAAAUUGUGACUUUAGAAAAAUGUAAACCAAUCAUGUUCAUGAAUAUUUUCUUAUUUGUUUUUUCAGUUUUAAUUGUUUUUGUAAAUGCAUUUGUAUGAACAUGGAGAUAAUGGUAUGUGUU